AGUAAAUGCAACUUGCAAGUGCAGACAUCAGGAAGCUGAGCAAAACUAGGUUCGUCUUAAGGUGUGGCUUGUAAAGAUGGAGGGAGUGCAUCCUCGUGAGGAGAAGCAGACUGAAACUGCUUGCUGUGCAUCCCAAUGUCCCAAAGAUGAAGAGGAGAGGCAGGGACAAGGGGCUAUGUUAUGGUCUACCCAGGAGGCAGUGGAGAGGCAGACCAUGCAGAUAGGAUUGUCCGCCUGUGGGGCAACGGCCGUAGUGGACGUCCUACAGGCCCUCGGCAUCGUCGUGGCACCCGAGAAGGCUGACCGGUGUGUGCGGACGUGCCUGAGGAGGAACGAGGCGCCGCUGCCCGACUACCUGUUCUCCCGGAGCGAGGCCGGCGCCACACACUCACAGCUGAUAGCUGGGGCGGAGCAGGCCAGUGGUGGGCGCGUGCUGGGUUGCCACUUCCCCCUCCACCCUCGCCGGCGGGUGAGGCUGGUACCCUGGCUGGUACGGUGGAUCCAGAGAGGGGGCAGUGCCCGUGGCCACCAUGAACAUGCAACUGGCAGUGCCCGAGGGAGAGGAGUGAGUGAGCAGGAGGUGCAUCAGCGACUCUGCAGUGAAUCUGUGUUGCUGAUACGUCGAGAGGAUGUGCUGCUGAGAUUGACAGCUGACGCCCCUCUGUCUAGCCUAUCAGACGACCAGUCUGACCCACGCUGGAAAGCCCUGGAUGUGGAGGGUCAAGUGAGGCAGAUGAUUCGUGAGGAAGACCAUGAUGAUGAAGAUCAGUUUAGGAUGAGCCACGUCGUGAUCCUCGCAUGCGUACAGUUCAGGUAA